AGAGAGAGAGAGAGAGAGAGAGAGAGAGAAGAGAGUGGAGAGAGCAGAUGUUUAUGUAUACGUACCGUUGUGUGUUGAUGCUGCUGCAUUGAGAUUACCUCUAUUUGGUUGGCAUAAUCGCCCAUCUUUCUCAUCUUUGGGCCCUCCGUAUGUUGUGAAAACUCCAAUACUCCAUUGUUUCUUCCCUCCUUCAAAUUAAUCCAAUUUCUUCAACAUCUCUCUGUGCAUGCAUUCGUCUUCUAUACCUUUCUUUCUUUCUAAACCUUCACACUCUUGGUCUUUCAUCGACAAGUUAUAGAGAUCUAAGCAGAAAUCUCCUUGGUUAGCAUCUUUCUUGCUCUGUAAAUGGCGAAUGCAUCUGGGAUGUUAUCGCCUGCAGUUCUGAGUCUGAGAAAGAGAACGGUUCCGCCAAUUGGCGGCGUAUUUCGAUCUGGGUGUUGUGUUUCUUGCAGCGCCGUCAAUGGAGCAGAGAAGCUUGGGUCUGGUGUUUCCCCUUCUGAAUAUCGAGUACCCAAGCUUCUCAGUAGAGGUUGCAAGCUAGUUGGAUGUGGCUCUGCAGUACCUAGUCUUCAGGUUUCCAAUGAUGAUCUUUCAAAAAUUGUUGAUACUUCAGAUGAAUGGAUAUCUGUUCGCACUGGGAUUCGUAAUCGACGUGUCCUUACUGGGAAAGAUAGCUUGACAUCUCUUGCUGUUGAGGCAGCAAACAAAGCUCUUCAGAUGGCGGAGAUUGAUCCUGAUGACAUAGAUCUAGUCUUGUUGUGUACAUCAACUCCAGAGGACCUGUUUGGCAGUGCUCCUCAGAUCCAAAAGGCCCUUGGCUGCAAGAGAAAUCCAUUGGCUUAUGAUAUUACUGCUGCUUGCAGUGGGUUUGUAUUGGGUCUAGUUUCGGCUGCCUGCCAUAUUAGGGGUGGUGGUUUUAGUACUGUUCUUGUGAUUGGUGCUGAUGCUCUUUCACGUUAUGUUGAUUGGUCUGAUAGAGGGACCUGUAUUCUCUUUGGGGAUGCUGCUGGUGCUGUAGUAGUACAGGCCUGUGAUAUUGAGGACGGUUUAUUUAGUUUUGACUUGCAUAGCGAUGGUGAUGGUCAGAGGAAUUUAAAUGCAGCCAUUAAAGAAAAUGAAGUGGAUCGUGCUUUGGGUUCUAAUGGUUCGGUGCUAGGAUUCCCACCUGGACGCUCCUCCUAUUCCUGCAUCCAAAUGAAAGGUAAAGAGGUCUUUCGGUUUGCUGUCCGCUGCGUGCCGCAGUCGAUAGAGUCUGCCCUUUCAAAGGCUGGUCUCACUGGAUCUAACAUUGACUGGCUAUUGCUCCAUCAGGCGAACCAAAGGAUCAUUGAUGCAGUGGCAAUGCGUUUAGAAGUCCCACCAGAACGAGUCAUAUCGAAUUUGGCAAACUAUGGGAACACUAGUGCAGCCUCCAUCCCAUUGGCAUUGGAUGAAGCCGUGAGGAGUGGGAAGGUGCAACCGGGGCACACCAUUGCAGCCGCAGGUUUUGGUGCCGGUCUCACAUGGGGCUCUGCCAUUGUUAGAUGGGGAUGAAGACUGCCUCUACCAAAGAAGAAGGGAUUUUCAAAUCAAAUAAACUGCAUCUUUGAUCCAUCCUUGCUCCCACUUUUGAAUGUCAUCCAGUUGUCCUUUAGGUUGCCAUACAAGAACGAAGAAUCCCCUUUCAACUCUCACUAAUUACUUCAGAUUUUGUUGACUUAAAUCACUUUUACGCCAUUAGCAACAUGUAUUCAUGGAACUGGAAUGUAAUUGCCUUUCACAUUUCAUCUUCAUCACCUUAUGCAACUGUACAUUGCUCUUCAUAUAGACACAGAGAUCAUUAAUUGCCACUUUUUCAC